AUGAGCACGCCAGCCAUGUGGACGGCGCUGCGCUCCUCCGUAUUCCUCAGCGAUGAAGAGCUGGGGAAGAAGGAUGACGACCACCAGCUCGCCGGAACCGCUAUGCUACGAAGUCCGCAUUGGCAGCCCGCGACGACUACACAUUUUCGACGACUACUGAAGCGCAUCGCCGUCCUCUUCCUUGCUGCUAUUGGCCUCUGGCUCGUGUCGCGCGACAUCCUCCUCGACCUGGGUUAUGGCGACCACCGAAAAUCUCGAUAUACCUAUUCCGGCCUCUCUGACUCUGGGGACACCGCCCCAUAUACGCAACAUGGUCCCGCCGUAGGAAACACCAAGCCGAGCGAUACAGCAGCCGCGAAGCCAGCGCCCAGGGUGCCGGACCACUCCUACAAUGGGCCCAUCAAGUUCCACGACCUUGCCGUGUCCCUGCACGCCAUUUCGAAAUUGAGAGGCUCUCUCCCGGUCAACAAGAACAUCCUAUUCAUGGCGGCGAACCUGAAGACGGCGUCCAUCCUGUUGCCAAUGGCCUGCGAAAUGGGCAGGGAGAGGCGAAAUUAUGUUCACUUUGCGCUCCUGAGCAGAGACAUGAUUGGCAUGGAGGACUUGCAGCAGAUCAAUGGCAUUGACGAUUCUUGCGAGAUUUUCUUCCACGACGCCCGACCCGACUUUGUCUCGACUUCAUCAGAUACCCGGCUCCAGUACGCCACGGCUCGAGCUCUUUUCCACAUCAACACCUACAUGCACCCCCAGGUUAUCAUCAUCGACAGCACCGAGCAGCAGGAAUCCUGGUUCAAGAAGGGGGCGAAAUUGCAGGGCGACUUCAUGGGCACACCUGUCAUUGAGCUCCCAGACAAUGCGGCAAAACGUCUUGGCUGGCUGGCCAAGCUCGACAGCUCAUCCUUGGCUGCAUGGCACAAGAUCAACAUCGAUAUUCUCAUCCACGCGCCUCCUACCGGUUCGGGCAGCCUGGGACGGCUCCUCAAGUCGCUUCACGUAGCUGACUUCACUGCCGGCACGAUGCCCCACCUGACCAUUGAGCUGCCCCAAAUUGUCGAGAAGGCAACGCAGCGGACGCUGCAAGCGUUCCGAUGGCCGCCAGCACGGAUGGCACACACCUAUGGCAACGCGCAGAUGCUGUCACUGCGACACCGCAUCCCGCGAGAGCGCUUGACCGAAGAGGAGAGUUCGGUGCGGUUUCUCGAAUCCUUCUGGCCGCGAUCUGCGGAGCAUUCGCACGUCCUUGUCCUUUCGCCACAGGUCGAACUGACACCCCAGUUCUUUCACUAUCUCAAGUUCAUGCUGCUUGAAUACCGUUAUUCCGGGACAGCCCUGUCACAGCAGUGGGACCGUCAAAUCAUGGGCUUCAGCAUGGUCGUGCCGCAGGCGUUCAUCAAUGGGACCCUGGGUUUCGAGGAGCCAGAUCCCCUCCAGCAAGAGGGGAAAGGCGGCGGCUUUCUCUGGCAGGCCCCGCACAGCGACGCCGUCCUCUUCAUGGGCGACAAGUGGGUCGAGCUUCAUCGUUUCGUCUCCCAGACGCUGGAGCGACAGCACGACGCCUCGCCGCCGGCCGUCCUCUCGCACAAGGAGGUCAGCAGGCAGUAUCCGUCGUGGCUCGAGCAUGUCCUGCGGCUGUCGCAAGCGCGCGGGUACCUCACCGUGUAUCCCAGCGCCGAGACGGCGAGCGUCAUGGCGACGGUGCACAAGGACCUCUCGCAGCCGCCGGAGGAGUACUGGAAGGGCGUGGCUGCUGACGAGACGCCGAAAGAGGGCCUCGUCACCCUCGACAACGACAGCCCGGUGAGCCCGCUCAUGCCGAUGCUGGCCUGGAAGGGCGCUGUCUCGGAUCUGCAGGAGGUGGACCGCUCAGCGCGGGAGUAUGCCGCCAUCUGGCGACAGAAGGUGGGCAAAUGCGAUCCCAAGUCCGAAGAGGCGGCGGAGCAGUUGAUGGGUCGGCAAAAAGACCUGUUCUGCGAGGGGGCGGACAAGGUAGAGUGA